AUGAGCUUUAGUCUCUUUCAAAUCUCAUCGUUUAGAGCACAAUCUGAUGAACUGGAAAAGAUAGAAAAGCAUGGCAAAUCAAGUAAAGAAAAGGAGAAUGCUAAAUCUUUGGACAAACCUGAACAGUUUCUUUAUGAGCUCUCCCUGAUUCCCAACUUCUCUGAACGAGCCUUUUGUAUCCUGUUCCAAUCAACAUUCUCUGAAAGCAUUUCCUCUCUCCGAAGCAAACUUGAAUUGUUGCAGAAACUGUGUGAGAGAGCACAAUCUGAUGAACUGGAAAAGAUAGAAAAGCAUGGCAAAUCAAGUAAAGAAAAGGAGAAUGCUAAAUCUUUGGACAAACCUGAACAGUUUCUUUAUGAGCUCUCCCUGAUUCCCAACUUCUCUGAACGAGCCUUUUGUAUCCUGUUCCAAUCAACAUUCUCUGAAAGCAUUUCCUCUCUCCGAAGCAAACUUGAAUUGUUGCAGAAACUGUGUGAGAUGUUGAAAAGUGGCUCAGGAGUUAUGCGGGUUCUAGGCUUGGUCCUGGCUUUUGGGAAUUACAUGAAUGGUGGAAAUAGGACAAGAGGACAAGCAGAUGGCUUUGGAUUAGACAUACUUCCCAAACUCAAAGAUGUCAAGAGUAGUGAUAACAGCAGGAGUCUUCUGUCGUAUAUUGUCUCAUAUUAUCUGCGUAACUUUGAUGAGGAUGCUGGAAAAGAACAAUGCAUCUUCCCUCUUCCAGAGCCGCAGGAUCUUUUUCAAGCUUCUCAGCUAAAAUUUGAAGAGUUCAAUAAGGAUCUUCGCAAGCUGAAAAAAGACUUGAGAGCAUGUGAGACAGAAGCAGGCAAAGUUUGCCAGUUUUCAUUAGAAGAACACAUCCAGCCCUUUAAAGACAACAUGGACAAAUUCAUUAGUCAAGCUAAAACUGACCAUGAGAUGGAAGAAAAAUCUCUGGCAGAGACGCACAAAAGCUUUUUGGAGACUGCGGCAUAUUUCUGUAUGAAACCAAAAAUGGGUGAAAAGGAGGUUUCCUUGAAUGCUUUCUUCAGUAUAUGGCAUGAAUUCAGUUCUGAUUUUAAAGAAUUUUGGAAAAAAGAAAAUAAACUUAUUUUGCAAGAAAGACUUAAAGAGGCUGAAGAAGUAUGUAGACAGAAAAAAGGAAAAUCACUUUACAAUAUAAAACAAAAGCAUGAUUCUGGAAUUAAAGCAAAGAUAAGUAUGAAAAUAUGA